UAUCGCAUUCGCCUCGUGAAGAUCAAGAUCGACGCUCCGUUCUCCGCCUCGCACUUACCUGUCGUGCGUUUCGCGACCUAGCACUCGAUGUCUUGUAUUCUCAACUGACAGACUCCCUGCCUCUUUUUUGGUGUCUUCCUUCCGAACUCCGUCACUCACACAGACCCGGUUCACCAGUGCAUAAUACACCCGAGCACUUCCUUCCACAAUUGGUCCUUCGUGCUGCACGCGUCCGCAUCUUCGUCGAUUCUGGUUCCUUCGGUAAUCAAUACGCAUUUUACCUUGCAAGCGCGAGUCCCAACGACACGCCGCUCUUUCCCAAGCUGCGCUCGCUCACAUGGUGUGAUUCGGAUCUCACCUCUAUCCCAACACUCAGACUCUUCUUACCCACCCUCGAGGCACUCUCCUUCAAGUUCUACAUCGAUAAUGAACCAUUUUUUCAAGGCCGUCAUUCCUGGCCUCCGUAUCGCCGCCCCACGCCUCAAAGCUCUAGAGUUCAGAGGCAUGAGUCCGACUAGUGACAGCAUCUCGGAAAUUGAGUCGCUGUUGCUCAGUUAUCCUGAGGGUCUCACAGCGCUGUCGUUGCCAUCCUGUGAUAUCUCAAGCAGCCUGCUUCAUCACAUCGCCCCGUGGCCACGCCUUCAAUGGCUCACCAUGAAGCUGGGCUCCAACAGCAUCCCCACUGUACCUCUCCAUGCAUAUGCGUCUCAGCCCUUUCUGGCACUCACUCACCUACAUAUCUUGUGCGAGGACCUAGGCCGUUUCGUAUCUUUCCUGCGCGCCUUCCAGAUUAUCAGGAUGGAUUCUGAUACGCGUUCCCUUGGAUACCCCAACCUCAAAACAAUACAUGUGACCACACGAAAUUGCAGCCCAGGCACCAUUUGGUCUCAACUCCUCAGCAUUCUCACCCGCACGAACUUAGAGCACCUCAUUCUAACCGAGUCGUGUCACCAUCAGGCGUGCCCCAAUGCAUCCUCAUCUUUUGAUCUUCACCCCCUACUCAUUGACCCCACCGCCCUCGCAGACCUCAAGACCCUCGUCAUCUCUCCCGUCAAGUCCUCGUCCAUUGCGCUCACCGACUCCGACAUCCUCAUACUCGCUCGCACAUGCCCAUACCUCGAAAUCCUUAGAGUGUGCAACACGCCCGUAUCCCUCCAUGCCUUACGCAUCCUCGCGAGUUGCUGCCGUGAGUUGUGCGAGGUCUCACUCUGCUUGGAUGCGCGACUUGAUGCGCUCGGGGCGGCACCUCCAGACAACGAUCAAGUGGCUCUGAAACCCAACAUGCGCCUCAUCAAGCUGCUCAUCGGGCCGUCGCCCAUCGCAUGCGUGGGCCCCUUGGACCCUCCGACAGCGCCAGACCUGAUGAGGUCAAUCCCACGCUUCCUGAAUGCGAUGGCGCCGCGGCUUUCGACCUUCUUUCGGAUGCCAGGUGAGGAGGAGCCCCGAAAGAUAUAUCAGGAGAGAUGGUAUGCGGUAUUAACCACUUUGUCGGCGAUGGCGAAAGGUGAAGUUGAGGGUAGUGACUGAUGUUUGUUUGGGGUUAGAUGGAUGUUUAGGCGGCAAGAUUGUGUUGGGUGGCCAGGGAGACAUGUGUACGUGAGAUAAUGCGGGGUGGGUUUAGGAAAGCGUUUUUUG